UAAUCCCCUCUAUGUUACUGUGUCCUAGGCAAAAUACACUACACUAGGCUCACGAUUCAUCCAAACUGAAAUGGCGGCAGUAGUAUCAGCAUCUUCUCAUCUAUUGUUUGUUCUUCGUUCACAACCAUUAUCAUCAUCACCCUCUUUCAUUUCUCUUCUCAAACCUCUUCUUGUUUCUUCCCCCUAUGCUGUAUCUACACCCCUUCGGCAUAUCCAAGUUCCACCGCUUCGAAAACCUCUCUUCUCUACUUCCUCUUCCCCCUCCCUUACCGUUUCUCAAGAUAGUGAAGAAUUGGAAGAAAAAGAGAUUGCAGACGAUGAUGAUGAAUUGGAGACUCCAAGAAGAGAUUUUGAAGAUACCCAAUUGGGUCCCACUUGCUCACCGUUGGAGAGAAAGAGGAAAGAGAGUGUGAAGUUGGAGGUUCCGAGUUUGAGUGUGAAAGAAAGGAAGGAGCUUGCGUCUUAUGCUCACAGUUUGGGGGAUAAGCUCAAGACCCAGUUGGUGGGAAAGUCUGGUGUUACGCCCAAUCUUGCCACCUCUUUCAUUGAGACCCUCGAAGCCAACGAGCUUCUCAAGAUUAAAAUACAUAGGACCUGUCCAGGCGAGUUAGAUGAUGUGGUGAAGCAGUUGGAAGAAGCAACUGGUUCAGUGGCUGUUGGUCAGAUUGGUCGAACUCUCAUCAUAUACAGGCCCAGUCUCUCCAAAAUGAAGGCAGAAGAAAAGAAGAAACAAGCUCGGAACCUUAUUCUUAAAAAACAAGUCAAACAAAGACUAGUUAACAAGAGUAAGGAACAAGUACCCAAACUAUCGUGGCCUGGUUCAUCAUGGAGUGGAAAAAAACGUAGGGCAUAAUAAACUCUCUAAUUGUGUCGAGGUUUGUCAUGGUGCUUGGCUUGAAUUAGCUUGAGGCUUUUGCAUGCAUAAAUACCAAAGGUCAUGGUACUGGAUGUAUUAUUGGCACAAGAAAAGGAUCGAAGAACGCUUACAUACUAUGAUAGAAUGUGUUUGUGACCACAGCUGAAGAACAUAACGAUGAAUUGAGUUUGGCUAGAAUUGUUUAAAGACCAAUUCAGUAGAUUCUAUUGUAUUUGCAAUUAUUACUUAAUAUGAAAUCUUAUUGUAAUAUUGUAUGGGUAAAAAAAUAGUAAACCUAAAUAAACUACAUUUCCUUCCAAGAA